CUUCGCGAGUACGAGCACCUCCCGAAAGAGAUCAGCCAUCAGCCAGGCCAGCGAUCUAUCUAUCCCCAAGACAGAUCAGAUCCCAUAGAAAUACCACAACAUCGUUAAGUACGUGACUCUCGUACGAGCAAAGCCCCGACACAGCCACGACACAGACGGAUUCCAACAGCCGUCGCGUAAUUCCAGUUUCCAGUUUCCACAACAUUCCAUUCCACCCGUUUGUUUCCCAGCAGCAGCACCGCAGAACAGCAUCGUAACAUUUCCGCUCUCUCCCAUUGGGUGUUUGCCUUAAAGUGCGCCAUAAACCAAAAAGUCAACAGCAGCAGCAGCAGUAAGGCCCACCCAAAACGCCCACAAUACCAUAGGGAGAAAUCACAGAUAGAGCAGCGGCAGCAGCAGCAGAAAAAAAAAAUAAGAUAGUUGGACAGAAGCAUCGUUGCCGCAUUUCACCAGGAAAAAACCAACCAACUGGCAACACUCACCGCAAUUAACGGUGUUAUCUGGGUAUCUGGCGAGAGAUAGCGAUUAAACGAAAGAGAGUGUACACCGAGCAAAAGCUCCCCCAAACACAAAACACACAACACACGGCAACUCCCCCACUGACAGACAGAGAGAGAGCGAGAGAGAGAACGAGCAAGCAAGUCCCCCAUUUGUUGGUUGGGAAAGAGAGCGAGUCGGAGAGAAAGAGAGCCCAGAGCACAGAGAGAGAGAGCAGUGAGUACAGCGAGUGUAUACUCCGCCGAAAAAGCCACCGAAAAGCCCCCGAGGGAGAAGCCGCGCACAUACCGCCCGUCAAAAUGUUUGCUGUAAUGCGAAUCGACAACGAUGACUGCCGGUCGGACUUCCGUCGCAAGAUGCGUCCGAAGUGCGAGUUCAUUUGCAAGUACUGCCAGCGGCGUUUCACCAAGCCAUACAACCUGAUGAUCCACGAGCGCACCCACAAAUCGCCGGAGAUCACAUACUCGUGCGAGGUCUGCGGCAAGUACUUCAAGCAGCGUGAUAAUCUUCGCCAGCACAGAUGUAGUCAGUGUGUUUGGCGAUAAGCUAAAAUACCAUAUAUAUACAUACAAUAUAUAUAUAUAUAUAAAUAUAUAUAUAAAAAACCGCACAUACAGAGCAAUAUAUAAAGUAAACCCGAUAUCUAAGCACCGCAGCACCAACAACAGCACGCAAUAUCACAGCUAUAUCUUAUAUAUACUAUAUAUCCAUUUGAAUGGGAUCUGAACAGCAAAACGAAGCAACAGCCGCAAAAGUAAAAGCAAAAGCCACAGCUACAGCUGCAACAAGCACACACACACCGCCUUCUUCAUGCACCACUCAAAAAAAAUUAAAUAAAAAACUCUAAGAAUAAGUCCAACACAAGCCACAGCAUCGUGUACUAUAAUGAAUGAAUGGAUGGCUAGAUUGGGUGUUGGUUUUAUCUAUUUCGAUUUUUUUUUGGUUUCUUUGGUCUCUUCAAUGCACUUGCCACGCCCCCCACAUCCAUCAACAAAAAACAUUCACAAAAUGUUGCGCAGGCGCAGCACCACCAACACCAACAGCAACAGCAACAACAAAAGCAGCCACAACAGAA